CGGCUGGGGCCGCCAGCGGGGAGCGCGGCGUGGAGGUGCCAGCGGACGCGGUCGGCGGCGAGUCCGGAGACCCCAGCUCCAAGGCGAGCUAACCGCAGUGGGGACCGGGGCCCAGGGGCGCGGCGGCUGCGGCUGCAGCGGGAGGACGAUGGCAGCGCCCACCGGGGCCGGGGCACUGAUUGCGGCUCCAGACCGCAGGCGCUGGCAGUGGUCGGUGCUGGCGGCGGCGCUCGGGCUCUUGACUGCUGGCGUGUCGGCCUUGGAGGUAUAUACGCCAAAAGAAAUCUUCGUGGCCAAUGGGACGCAAGGGAAGCUGACGUGCACGUUCAAGUCUACUAACAUGACCGGCACGUUGACGUCAGUCACCUGGAGCUUCCAGCCGGAAGGAGCCGACACCACUGUGUCGUUUUUCCACUACUCCCAAGGGCAAGUGUAUGCUGGGAAUUAUCCACCAUUUAAGGACCGAAUCAGCUGGGCUGGAGACCUUGACAAGAAAGAUGCAUCAAUCAGCAUAGAAAAUAUGCAGUUUAUACACAAUGGCACCUACAUCUGUGAUGUCAAAAACCCUCCUGACAUUGUCGUCCAGCCGGGACACAUUAGGCUCUAUGUCGUAGAAAAAGAGAUUUUGCCCUCCUUUCCAGUCUGGGUGGUGGUGGGCAUAGUGACAGCUGUGGUCCUGGGUCUCACUCUGCUCAUCACCAUGAUUCUGGCUGUCCUCUAUAGAAGGAAAAACUCUAAACGGGAUUACACUGGCUGCAACACAUCAGAGAAUGUGUCACCGGUUAAGCAGGCUCCACGGAAGUCCCCCUCCGACACAGAGGGUCUGGUAAAGAGCCUGCCUUCUGGAUCUCACCAGGGCCCAGUCAUAUACGCGCAGCUAGACCACUCCGGCGGACAUCACAGUGACAAGAUUAACAAGUCAGAGUCUGUGGUGUACGCAGACAUCCGGAAAAACUAAGAGACGACCCCGAUCAUCUCCUAAGCAAGAAACAAAUCCAAACUGGACUCUUGGGGCAGAAAAAUGUAGCCCAUGACCACGUGUGGCCUUGGAGACCUGGGCAAGGACAAGCACAUGUUUAUUCAGAGAGGGAGAAAAAGAUGUGUAUAAAGGAUGUGUAUAAAUAUUCUAUUUAAUCUUCCUGAUGUGAGGAGCCAGUGUUGCAUGACGAGAAGAUGGUAUGAUUCUACGUAUAUGUAAAUUGUCUUGCGGUUUUUGUACUUCCAUUCAGGGUUCAAUUACAGUUGGGAAAAUUCAGACACAUUCCUCUCCCCAUCGUUUAGAAGUGGUUUGCCUUAAUGGAGGCGGCAGCAGAUCUUUUAGUAUGAUACUAGACAUGGCCUUUUAGUCUAAGGGCUUAACCCGCCUUAGCAUUGAUUUUAGCCAGAGAGUGGAGAUACUAUGAAAAAGCACGUCCAGGGUGGCCUUCGACCACGUGCACCACCUAUUGGGUUAUUGUUUUUAGAAAGCGUCGAUUCGCUAUGCCACCUGAGGACAGUUUGAGAAGUUUCUGUUGGUGUUUUUCUAAGAUACAGGGCAGUUUUUAGCUUUCUCUCUUGUGUAGACUUACUCUAACAUUACACCCUUCAAGCAUAUCGUCAUCAGAGCAAGCUGUGCAGAGGAUUAGCGCCGGAGGCCACUUCCUCCCAGAUACUGGUAGAUCAACCCCGUACAUGGACCUGGAGUAGUGACCCCAGGCGAGGAGCUCUGUACCAUUGGGAGAGUAACAGGUAUCGGUUUGUAUUCUUUGCUGAAGUCCUCCCUACCUAUCAUGACAGUCCCCAUUCAGCUGAAGGAGAGGCGUUUCAUUUCCCUCUAUGUAGGCAGACACGGAAUAAUUAGACUGCCAGUCUCCAGCAUCACAGAGCUCUCUGCAGAGGGUCGUCUUUAUAAAGCUUCAGUCAUGCUUCCAGCGAGAGCAGCGUCAGUCACGGUGCGUCCACAUAGCUUCCUGGUGCCUCUGGGACCUGUGACAUUACAGAGGGUCUAGAGUUUUUAAAUCAGCAAACAAGGGUAGUACUUGUGCUUUAGGAAUCUCUUCUCUGAUCCUGGUUGUCUUAUUUUUUUUCUUCCUUUCUCCCUUCUGUUUUCUUCUCCCCCCGCCCCCCAUUACAUGGAAUUGAUAAACAAUUAGAUGAGGAAAAAUGUAGAUAAUUUGGGCAUCCUUCCCAAAAACUCACCUUCUGCCGUUGAAUGCCCCCGCCCCCAUCUCAAACCGAUGUCUGUUUCUUUGAACUGGGAGUGAAAAGCCUCGUGAAAAUCUUUAAACGUGGACUUCUAUUGCCACUCCCCCGUUUUCUGGAUUCUUCCGUUUUGAAAGAAUUUUUUUCCAUUUCAAAUGGAAAGUCCACAGUUACAGGAAGAAUGCUGAUGAUCUGGUCCCAGAAGGUGGUCGGGUGAGUGGGGGUGACGGGUAAUGUUAGUUCUUCUCCCAUGCAGUUUUUUCCUUCCUGUCUUGUCAUCCUUGUGAGGGCGUUUGAAGGCCGAGUUCUAAGGGAAUAAAGAAGGAUUCAGAGGUAAAGGUGUGCAUGAGGUGAUUAGAGAGAGAGAGGGCACACAGGCUAUGAAAACGAGCCCCGCCCCGUCCCCACCCCGCACCUGCGAUCGUCUAUGUUCUGAGGGACUGUUUGCUGUUAUUCCCACAAAGGGGCUCAGACUCCCAGCCCCUUUAUAUGCACGGAGACGGGAGGGGUUUUGUCACCACACGUGCCUGCCGUCUUAUGCGUCUGGUCUGGUCGGGUGUGAAAGGAGGACAGGUGCUUGCUGUCCUGUGUCUCCCUCUUCUGUGCUCACAGGACCCGCGCCGGAGAGGAACACAGAGUCCUCCCCCCGAGACAGCCCUGCCAAGUGGCCAGCUUUGCCUUGCACCCUAGCUCUGUGCUGCCUCCACGGUGAUCACUGCAGGAGGCUUUAAGACCUUUCUGUGUGUGGGGGAGGGGGGGAGGGGGCUGGGAUGGCACCAUUCUGCAGGCUGAUGCCAGGAGAAUGAUGCUCUUGAUGAGCCCUCGCCUCUGUCAGAAUUGUACUGCCAUCCAAGACUUUUUAAGACCAAGUAUGUGUAUUGAGAAGUGUAGUUUCCUUGUAGUCUUUUUUUUUUUUUUAACAGAAAAGGGGCAUUCUCCUUUUCCUCCUUUCUUGACAGAUCCAGUGAAUCUACUAAACAUUUCUGACAUCUUCUGAUAGCAGAAGCCCUAAUUUCUUUGCAUGUUGGCGAAGUUGCCACGCAGAGCACCAGCUGGCACUGCCGCUGACCGCUGCUGUGGGCCUGCCCUGCCCUGCCUCCCCUCCGGGCCUCCUUCUCGGCCUGGCCUUCUCCUGCCCACCUUUCUCCACCCUCCACUGCUGGACAGGGUGGUCGGUUACGAGCCUCCCACUCUGGGCUGUGACUGACUCAUCCGAGGGAAGCUGCUCACGCUUGGGUGUGAGUGCCUCAGGUUUGGGGCUUUUUCCAAAAACCUCUUCACGCCACCUCCUGAGGAUCUUUUUUGGCCCUUUCUCCUGUGUCCCAGCAUCCCUGUCCCUGGCCACAGAUUUGACAACAGUGGGGUUGCUUCCAAGUGGCAGGGCAAUAAAGAGACCUCUUAAAAUUACACAUGAUUUUUUCUAAGAGGACAUCUAAAAGGGAUUAGAGGUUAACAUUUCAAACUAUCUGUAGUUUUUCAAUGGAAAUGUAUCCAGCUAGGUAAAAAACCAUCAAGCUCAUUAUUUUGUUUUCUUUUUCAGUUGCUGUACUUUUGUGAAUAUUUUAAUACAUCUUUUUCAAUUA